AUGGCUCUAUUGACACAACCGGACAAAGUGUACGAUAUAUUGCGGACACUAGUGAUGGGCACCGGAGGGAAACCGAUCACCGCUAAGAUCAGAGUUUUGCCAUCCAUUGAGCAGACGUUGAGUUUAGUGAAAAUGAUUGAGUCCGCGGGCGUCACAGCUCUGGCCAUUCACGGCAGGACUCAAUGCGAGCGACCGAAGGACCCGAACCGUAACCACUAUAUCGAGGCCAUCGCCCGAACCGCGAAUAUACCAGUGAUAGCCAACGGCGGUUCCGAUGAGAUCGGUGUCCACGCGGACAUCAAACGGUUCCGAGAGAGCACUGGCUGUUCAUCUGUGAUGAUAGCGCGCGCGGCGCAGAAGAAUUGCUCAGUAUUUAUGGUCAGAGAUGAGUUGCUACCGAUGGACGAAGUGAUCAAACAAUACCUCGAGUUAUGCAUCGAUUACGACAAUCACGUGUCGAACACAAAAUAUGUGAUCCAACAGAUGUUGGGCUCACUCCAGGACACGGAUAGGGGUCGGACUGUAUUGGGCGCCCAAUCCCUGCGCACGAUCUGC